GCGAGUAAUUUGCUGACAUUGACUGUCUUCACGCUAUUUGUCACCAGUGGUCUCUACCGCAGUUGGACUUGCAGUCCAGCAAUCAAAAGCGACCAUGUCGGCUACAUCAAGAAGCGGUGACUCGCCGCCGCGGACAUCUUUCGAGGAGAUUCCAGCAUACCCCAGUACCCUGAGUCGCGAAUUAAGGCUCAAUCUACCUUCAAUUCGCACUCUGCAAUUAGACACCCCUCUUCCGGGUGGUGUCCGUCAACAGGCUUCCACGUCAGCUCCGGACAUGCCCUGGUCUUCGCCUCUGGAGUUUGCGCUGCCGCCAUUGGAACGAGCGAGAAGCUCAUUUGAUGAGACUGCAAGUCAGUCAAGGACAUAUUUCGAGCAACACCCGGGAAUGUGUGCGCUUGCGGAAAGGGGGCGGAUGGAUCAAUCGCUGUACACGAGCAGUGAUACCCUUGACGCUCACUUGGAUGUAUCGACGCGAGGAGCCGCUCGACUACCUCUUACGCCCGAGUCCGCUCGCUUUAAAGACAGGUACACAUAUCGAAACGAUCUGGGAUACCACGUCCCUGCCCGAUCUGUUACGGCCUUGAGCAUUUCCGAGGUAGGGGCUUCUCCGCAGAGGACACCCCCAAUGUCAGUGCACGGCAGUGCAGUACCACGAUUUCCAACACCAGUUGUCUCGGGGCGUUUACGACAUGGACCAUAUCCUGCUCCUUUGAGCGCACCUAUGUCUACGAGGCAAAUGACCGAACCUAUCCCGCCUCCGUUGGAUGGAGAGGCAUCAGCAACAUCGUUAAAAGAUGCGGCAACUUUGUUGUUCUUCAAGAAAGAAGGCGUGCGACACCAGAGAUUGAUCCCUAGGGUCCGGUCUUUGCCGCACCUGAAACGAGAGCUACCCGGCCCGGAGCCCCACGCUGUGGAGGCUGUUCGUACCCAAUCCCGCAAUUCGUAUACGUCUUCAGAUGAUAGCAGCGCAUAUGGAACAGCAUCGCAAGAUGAUGCCUCCGAUUUCAGGAGUCCGGCUGAUCUGAGCUCGUUGCUGCUGAAUCGGCGACGUCGGAGAAGGCCGCCGAGUACGUUCGGGAACUAUACGAACCUCAUUGCGCAUGCUAUACUGGAUAGUCCGAAUAAGCGACUUACUCUAAAGGGUUUAUAUGUAGAACUUCCGAAGAGAUGGCCGGAUCUAUUCAAUGACGGGAAGGGUGAUAAAGGGUGGCAGGUAAGAUAGGAUAUCUGUCGGCCGGUUGUGUUACUAAAUUAGUCAAUCCAGAAUACCGUCCGGAAUACUCUUUCGACGAAUUCAUGUUUCAUCCGUCAU